CUGCGGGUGGGAAGCUACAGUCCAGCUCAGCCCCUCCAGCUGCUGUCUCUACUUUCUCUGCGACUUAGGAGGGGGGCGAGCGCGCGGAGCUGAGGAGGAUGCAGCACCUGCUGUGGCCUAGGGACUCCGGGGGGUUCUGGCUGCUCCUCUGCUUCCUGCUGCUGAACAGCCGCCCAGGGGGCUGCAGCGACAUUAGUGGCCACGCCUUCGGGGUAGACCAGCGCUGACAACGUCUGAGCGGCCAGAGACCGACUGCGCAGACUCGAAGAUUCCAGUGCCAGGCGCCUGGGGAAGAGCGCGCAAACUCCUAGUCUGACGCCAACUUUCCCCGCCCGAUUCUUGGGUUUAGAGGCCAGUGCAGAGGGCUCGCGAAGAACUGUGGGAGGAGGCCUGGUGGCGGAUGACAGGAGAGAUGUGGGUGUGGCGGGGGAGGGGGACGUUCUUGUAGGGAUGCCUCUGCCGCCCAGACGCCUCUUCCAAGCCACGCGUCGGUCACUCCCUCAGCACCAAGGACAGCGCCAGGAGCCCUGUGGGUCUGACAGAGGGCGUCCAGGUCACCACUUUUCCUAUCUGUCCUGGAAGGAUGCCUCAGACAACAAUCUCCCUUCCAGAAGAAGCUCUUUUCUUUCUCAUGAGGGUGCUGGAGAUUCUGCUCCUUCCGAAAGCCAGGAAACUGGUGUGGGAAUCCAUUUGAUUUCGGAGGACCAUUCCCUUUUCUUAACGCCUGUCCAUAAUGACUCAUGGAGCAAGCAAGAGGAGAAACUUCGACUCCUAUUCCCCAAGAACCCAAUGGCCAAAGUGAACAGGGAGCAGUGCUUUACCUCCAAAGUGGAUUUGAAGAUCCUCAAUGAGAGGGGACCGACGCUGUCAAGGGCUUCUUUGAGCCACCCCCCACUGUGGGCCAAAGCCUUAUUGCUGACUGAGACCUCAGGUGGAGCCCCUCUGCCCCAAUGCUCUCCCAUUUGCCCUCCAGGGGGACAGUUCUAG